AUGGAAGUGAUGGAAAUCGUUGGAAAAGGUCCACUAAGAGCUCCAAUAACUCUUGCUCUCGAAAUGGAGUUCAUAGGGAAAAGGAGUUACAACCAAAAGAGUGAAGACUGUCCAGACGGCUCUAUCGAGAACAGCGCCCAAACCGCGCAGUCCGGCUGGCCGAGGAACGAACGUUUCACGCUCGGCCAAAUCUCAUCCGUCCGUCUGAAGUCUCGGCCAAAGUCCAAAACCGGGAAACUAAGACCCGCGGUCGGCCACGCCACAACCGCUCACACCAAUGCCGCGCACGACCAUGCCGCGCGAGCCGGGAAACAAAGCCUCGCGGCCGCGCAACCUGUCUCGCGUACCACGGCCGAUGGCGCCGUCCGAGCCGGGAACUACGUCCCGCGUCCGGCCGAGAAUUCAUCGGCCAAUCUUCAUCCGUCCGACCACAGCGGCCGACCACAAUCCGUCCGGCCACGACCGUUCCGAUCGUACUAG